AUGGCGACCGACUACAGUAAGAUGAAGGUGACGGAGUUGAAGGCGGAGCUGAAGCGCCUGGGUCUGCCACAGGCCGGACUGAAGGCCGAGCUGAUAGCUCGCCUGGAGGAAGCUUUUGCAGCCGACCCUGGACCCACCCCUACAUCUGUUGCAGACGCCGAAAGUGCGGCUGCCCUAGAUGACUCCGGCACCCACAGCCAGGAGAAGGAGGAUGAGGAGCCAGCGGAAGCAGCAGAAGCGGUGGAAGGACCAGCAGAAGCUGAAGCCCUGCCGCAAAGUGAUGCACCGGUCGUAGAUGCGCCACCCCAAGGGGAGCUUUCACCGAAGGACGAAACACCGACACCAGCACAAGCACUGGCACCCACGAUGGGCAACCCGGAGCCAUCGAUCGCCACCACUGACUUUGCUGCCCCCGAAGUCCAACAGCCUCAGACCUCCGUCCCGCCGUCGUCGUCCAGUGCCACGCCCUUGCGACCAGCCGAGAUCGCGAACGAUAGACAGACGCGCAAACGACGUUCUGCAACGCCCACGCCAACGCUCGACGAUAUUGCACGCAAAAGGGCUAGAUUGGAUAGUGAAGAACGCUUAGCCGGCGCUCCAUCGUCUGAGACCCAAGACAAAGAAAAGACGGCGCAAUUUAUGCUGGAGCAGGGACAUGUCGAAUCCACAGAUGUUGAAAUGACCAAUGCGCAAGCAGAGCUUUCGCCUGGGUCGCAUGACAAGGCCGGCGCUGGUGCUCUGGACUCGGAUGCUGCAAAGGACGAACCUCCUCAAACAGGCCCGGAACCGGGCCAAAUGGGCCAACCAGACGUCGACGUGCGAGAAGACGACAAACGACGAUUGUUGCUGGGUGACGACACUUCUAUGGCGGACCGUCUCUCACCUGAGAAUUUUACAAACGAUAAUCCAGAACGUGACGUGGAACCUUCCAUUCACCCGGCCACGGCUGCCCUGUACAUAAAAAAUUUCAUGAGACCAUUGCGACCGCAAGCAGUUCAGGAAUAUCUGCUGGAGCUUGCCACACCUGCGGGGGCCAAGAUUGACGACGAGACUGUUGUCGAUUUUUAUUUAGACCGAAUCAGGACUCACGCCUUCGCUGUCUUCAACUCCGUUUCGGCCGCCUCGCGCGUGCGGACUGCUCUGCACAACCGCGUCUGGCCCGACGAAACCACCAGAAAGGCUCUCUGGGUUGACUUUAUUCCACCAAACCGCUUCAUCGACUGGGUUGAAAUGGAGCAGUCUUCGAGCAACGGUCGAGGCGCGGCGACCCGGUACGAGGUCAUCUAUGAUCGAGACCGCGACGGCAAUGUCACAGUCAAUCUCGACGAAAGUGACGCUGCACCUCCUGCCGUCAGAAACACGAACCAACGACCUGAGUUCAGCACCACCGUCCCCACCGGACCGUCGCGUGGCAUCGAAGGCGCGCCCACCGGUCCUCGAGGCUUUCAAGGCGCAGGCCGACCUGCGGUCCACCCUACCCGCCAGGAGAGAGUUGGCGAUUACUUGGCCACUCGCGCACACCCACCUGUCAACUACCAACCAGUGCCAAAUGAACUCGUUGACAGACGUCUCGACUGCAUCAGAUCAGCAAAGUCCAAGACCUACGACCCCGCUAGGGACACCGAGAGGGAGAGAUAUAAUCGGUACUUCUUUGAGAAUUGCGACUCGCUAGUCGAUCGUGGCAAGGAGAUUUUCCUCGAUAUUCGACCUCCGAACCGCGAUCGGGAGCGACGGGGCCAAGGUCGGGAGGAUAGAAGACGGGGUGGCCGUGGCCGCAAUGCUCGCCGGGGCAUGCCCAUGCCUCACGGUGUACCCAGGGGCGGUGACCGUUAUCGAGGAUCGGCGUCUGGCUACGACGACAGAUCUCGCUAUGGUGAUGAGAGAGGUGGAGAUCGGUAUCGGGCUGAUAGAUAUGAUGAUCGCUAUUAA